AUGGAAUGGUCCAUGAUUUCCUCCGUUGAGGAUUUCUGCAGUUUUUCAUCAAGAUUUGUUCAGAUUUCGUUUAAUUCUUUCUCCAUCGACGAGAGCAAGCUCUACAAUCUGUUCAGCCACGUUGCGCCCGUCGCCUCCGUCAGGAUUUGCAGAGAUGUGACGCGUCGAUCGUCGCUCGGAUAUGCCUACGUCAAUUUCAAUUCUCCGACCGACGGUUCUAAUGCAAAAGAUGCUUUGAAUUUCACUCAUGUCAAUGGAAUGCCAAUCCGGAUCAUGUUCUCUCACAGAGAUCCUAGACUCCGAAAAAGUGGAUAUGCUAAUCUCAUCAUCAAGAAUCUGGAUCAAGCAAUCGACACAAAGGCGCUCUUCGAGACCUUCUCUGCCUUCGGAACUGUGCUCUCUUGCAAGAUCGCAGUCGAUCACAACGAGAACUCGAGGGGCUAUGGCUUCGUGCAGUUCGACAAGGAGGAAGCCGCGCAAAACGUACACAUAAUAUCUGGAACUUGUGGAUUUCCUGACAUUGACAUGAAGCUUCCCAUCCUCGCCAACUUCAACCUGCGUCUCCAGCGGCUCUUUCCCGUCUAG